GUAUAGUACAAAGUCCACCAAAUGACCUCUUUUUCCAUAUUUAUUGCUUCCAGACUGGUUGCUUCGAGGGUCAACUUGGCUUUGUGUAAAAUUUCAGUUGAGAAGGACGACUGCACUCCUCUUUGGGUGGUGUGUGAUGGGAAGGAUCCACAGGGCACGUUCUUCAUUGGGCUACACAGAGUAGGUGACCUGGUUUCCCGAACUCUCGUGACCUCGGCUGGACCUUAUGUUGGGUGUGAGGAGCUGCCUUCCCUCGACCACCUCAAGAUUCACCACACCUCCACCUUCCCCACCAAGAUGGUGGAGAGUACAGUCACAGCUACGUACGACAUCCUCUCAGGGGAGGACAGCGAGCGUUCAAGCAUCAGACUGACUUGCGCUUGGAAGAGGCCUCUCACCCUUCUUACUCCUCCAGCUCCCAAUGCUUCAACUGAGGCUAAUAUAGUGAUUGUGCCUAGCGACCAACGCAGCGCUGCUGAUGCACAAGAGCUGAGUGUACUGCGGGGGUUUGUGGCAGGCUUGAGCACGGGAGAGGUGGCCUGGUUCGUCAGGGAAGGAGAUAAGACGGUGGCCGAGCAGAUUGAAGACGUCUUUGCUAGUGUUAGGGAGAAAGGCCAGCGCCAGAAAAAGGACGAGGAAGCGUCAGCUGACUGUGACAAGAAAGUGGAAGAGAAGUUCUUCAGUCGCAGGCAGAACAUGGACUUCAUUGACCUCCUGUGGAUGGUGCUCAUGAAGUGUGAGUCUUACCAGGAACUCAAAGAGAGUCUUGAGUUUAUCUUCAAGGCAGUUGUAAUGGGUCAAGUGAGGCCACAGAUUCAUGUGCGGAACAACACCCAGGUUGGAAACUUAGUGCGCAGUCUGAUGAGGGGCCAGGCAGACCUACCGGAGCUGACGGGUCUCAUGCCUCUGAACAUGCUUAUUGAGAUGGGCAUUGAGAAGAUCAAGAAGGAUUAUAUUAAUAUAUUUCAAGCGGGUGAUCUGGCCACAGGAGAGCAGCUGUCAUGGUUCGUGGGUUACACUGACUGCAUGGAGGACUCAGUUAUGCAGCUAGAGAAGCUCCAUGUGGCCCUACAGGUUGUUGUGCUCCUGCACACCUACCUCAACCUACCAUCCUCAGCCCUCGUGCAGUUUACGGCACAGGCUCUGAACCAGCUGAAAGAAGGCCUCUCGUCACCUUACUCAUUUAGCUUCAAACUCUCCACCUUCACUGUCCAUCAGCUGCUCAAUAGCCUGAAACCCAGUAUGUGGGAGCUUGUCCUGCACAGCACCCACAGCACUUUGGAAAAGACGCUGGUUUGCCACGUCUCGCACCGUCCUCUCAUCCAGAUGCCGAAUGCGCAUAAUGAUUUAGAGGAAAGCGCAGCUGACUGUGACAAAGAAGAACCAGAGGGUUUUGAGGAACGCCAUUUCUGCACUUUCAUCACAACUGUCACAGACAAAAUACUGACUUAAUACUAAUUUAAUACUUUCUGUUCACAUACCUAAGCACAAUAUUAACAUGUAUAGGAAGAAAGUUUUUUGGUCUAGACCCUAUAUGUUCAAACACCUUUUAUUACUAUUAUUAAUGUUUCUAUUUUAUGUUUUUGUGUAUGGUAACUGGGACUGAUCUUUCUCUCAGCAGUGGAAUGUGAUAUAUUUUUGACUGGAUGUGCUUUUAUGACUUUAAUAAGCCAGGAAUGAGGAGAUGAAAAAGAUGUAUAUUAUAUAGUUUCUAACCCAUGAAAUACUUUUUCUAGCAUGAAAAUUAUAUAUUUAUAACCUUA